AUGAUCCUUGGAGUACUUUUCAUCUAUGAGGUGGUGGUUAUGGUACCGAUUCAUUUAGCAGACUGCCAGCAUGAGGUGGUGGACGGCAACGGGAUUGUCGUCCUUGCCGAGGUUGGUGGGGACCGUCUGGGCCCUGCCGUCGAGAUAGAUGACGCGGCAAUCAUCAAGGAACUUUCCCCGUUAGGCUUUGAGGUUGAAAAGUGCAAUGCAACACUUACAUAA